AUGGAUGUCUCUAGUUUGACUUGUGACUACUCAGGUGAGAAUGAUGAUGAUAGAGUUUAUGGGAACCUUUGGUCGCUUUUAAAAAGCGAUCAGAACUCGAUUACAUCCAUUUUAAAUGAUAAAGUUGUACUCUCUCAUCUGCGCGAUUUGAAACCAUCAGUAAGCUCCAAAUGCAUUUUUAAACGCUUGGUAAUACUAAGGACACUGAAUUGCACACCAUUAUCAAUCCUAGACAAGGAAGCCACAUCUAGCGCUCUUCAUGCAGCGGUCGACGCCAUUCAAAAAGUGGGCUCCGAUCCGUAUGCUAUAGACGUUUGUCUGUGCACGAUCAAUGCCAUAUUGGCAGUUUCGGAUGGAGAGCAAGACUUGAAAUUUCUGUUGAAUAGGUUGGACUUCAUUGAAGAGAUUACGAAAUCAAGAGAAAAUUCCUCCAGCUUAAUGGACCUAGUCUACUUGGCAUCAACGCAUCCAUGGCUCCCUGAAAAUGAUGCAAAAACGUGGUUCAACCAGCUUCAUGAAUCUGGUAUACUUUGGUGGCUACGAACUAAUCUUGAUUGCGUCAAGAAAUUGGACUUUCUUGAGCUUCUCUUUGAAUCCACCGUCCGGUCCACUUUUUACUCGCACGUUCAAACUCUUCAAGCAACCUCUCGCUCUAUGGGCAUACUCAAGCCCCUGCAGUACUGCAGCAUAUUCGAAUUUGCGUCUUUGCUUCCUAGCGAUGUUUCAGACGCACAAAGCGAACUAGUGUCUUCCAUGAAUCUUCGAUUAAGAGCUCAAAAAAAAAAGUCUGAACUCGAAACCUUGAAGUACUUUACAAGACCCCCAAUCAACCCGGAUAGUUUCUGGCCGUCAUUAUUCACCGAAGAUCACAGUAUUGUUGGGAUGUGGAUUAGUCCGUCGCGUAAUAUGUACGUUCAUGCGCUCAAAAUUUAUAUGCAUGAAUUCGUUCAAUUUCAACGCGACGUCGAGGGCUUUUUGAGAACGGUCACAUCUAGAUUCUCCAGACAAGAUGGCCACCUACAAGGCUACAGCAAGUAUGCCACUUCUCAUUUUUACUUAUUUCCAGGCGAAGUAGUGAAAACGGUUCGCCUCAAGAUCAAUAUAGAAGAGCUUUCCAAUGGAAAUGAAUUCAUAGCCGAGUGGAAUAACUUCAAAAGACAAAAUUUUGUGCUUUUGUGUGAAACGGGUCAUAAAAUUUCAAGUCUAAUUCAGAGCGCUACGAAUAAUCAACAGAUACUUGAUGUGACAUUAAAACUGGAUCAGGACUUUGAUUUGGGUGCUGUCAAUCUUGUAUCUGUACUGAAUCAAGAACUCGAAAACAACUCCACUAUAUUAAAGAAUCACCUAGACAAUGCUUUGGCUCAUGAUAAAUUGUGGUCUACCUGCGAUAUGAAUUGUAUCUUGAAGCCAAGUGAAGCUAUAGAAUCGUUGCUCAUAUCGAACGUGUUCGAGACACCAAACCAGGCCAAAGACCUUAUACGUGAAACUUCAGAUAGUCAGGAGCAUGACGAGAAGAGGAGGCGCACAGAAAGAUUUGAAUGUGCUUUAAGUUUUAAGCCUGAGGAAGGCAUUUAUUCGAGGGUCAAGUUCAUUAAGAGCAAGCCAAAGCUGAACUUUACAGAAAAUCAAAUUAAAUUAAUACUGCGUGGACUACAAAUAGAACAAUGCGUAGUCAGUGGCGAUGUGGGAACCGGGAAGUUGACCACAGUUGCAGCUAUUUUGGACAACCUCUUUCUGAAUUCCAGGUAUGGCAGAUUGAGGAGAAGAACUUUGGUCGUUUGCGACACGGAGGAGACUUGCUACAAGUUGGCAGGCGUGCUAGAUAUUAUACCUCCAGAAUCAAUCGUCUGCUGGUCAGAAAAUGCUAAAGUCACCUACGAGAAUAAGAAACGACAGAUCAAAACAUUGUUGUCCCGUGUUCAAGAGAUAACAGUGGAACUCAACAUUUCUGGAGACUACUCGACCACCGUAGACGCAGCGCUCAUCCUAUUUCAGUACUUUUUGAAACCUAUGUUGCAGCACUUCAAAGAUUGUAAUUCUGAGAACUUUGAGGUCUCGAAGUUCCCGCUUCUUGACAUCAAUAAUCAUGCCAACGAGACUAUAUCUCAUCGUGUAGCCGCGAUAAGCUCUGAGGUUUCUAAUAUUUUUGAACAAUUGCACAAAUGGCGCGCUCUAUAUCUUCCUGGAGACUUCAAAAAGGCUCUGUGGGAAAGUGGUGAUCUUCUUCUGGUAACAAAUCAACAGUUAGAGAGUAUUGUUGCGGCUAACAAUUUCAAAAUGGAUAUUUUCGACAAUCUGGUGCUGUGCAACGCCAAUUAUUUUCGGCCUUUGGAAAUUUGGCGAGCUUUGAGUAUUCGAGUUCAGUGGCAUAAACUCAUUAUCACUGGCAAUUUUCUAAACAGUCCGGUGCCUUAUGUUCUGCAGCAAUUCAUCAAUGCAGAAUUGAUGAAUUCUCCGCUUAUUACAAAUUUUGACACGAAUCCGAUGAUCCUCCGCACACGCUUGCCGCAAGUUUCAAAGGUCACUUCAAUUUCCGGACUGGGCAAUGCUUUUCAGGUUAUAAAAGCUCCAGGAGAGAUUACAACGAACAACGUCAAUUGGGACGAAGCUGAACACUGCGUUCUCAUAUAUGCCUACCUUCGAUCAAUAGGGUAUCCUGCAGAUUCGAUCAGCAUAAUUGCUCUGUCCCCGUAUCAAAAGCGCGCUAUCGAAAGUGAACUUCGAGACUUGUUGCAACAUUCAGAAUUUAAAAAGCUUUCCACACCCAAAUGCAUCAAUGUAUUCUAUCAAAACUAUUCUCACCGAAACAAAUUGGUUAUCAUAUCCACGAGCGGCAUUCCCUUCAAUGCGGGAGACUUAUCACGGACGGCCAAACAAGCAUUGCUCAUCCUCAGUUCAAGCACUGACGACUUUUUCCAAAUUGUCACUAACGAAAAGUAUCCCAAUGUCAAGCCCCAUGAACACCGCAAAGUGGUCGAAAUUACAAAUCCGAAAAAGCUCAAAGCUCAAAUUAAAGUAAUUCUCAAAUCCAGCAAAGCUGGAGAGCUCAAGAAGGGCUUACAACAGUGA